UUGGUAUUAUAAAUAGGGCUUCAAGUGUUAUGGUUGGGUUUCUUGACUGAAGAGAGAUUGAGAUUUUGAAGAUGGUUUGAUAUGAACCUGUGGUUUUUGGCGCCAUUUUAGUCUUAAAGCAUGUGGUAAGAGGCAACCCCAGUCUAAGUCUGAGUAUGAGUUCUCCAUCAGCUCAGCUUGCCACCUUGAGAAGGAUGAGCGUUUAUGAACCAUUCCACCAGAUCAACAUGUGGGGAGACACCUUCCAAGGUGAUGCCAGCCCAAAUACUGGUUCAUCCACAAUUGCGGAGGUGGAUGUGAGGCUAGACAACAAGUCUGAAUAUGUUUCACAUGACUCAAUGGAGCCUUCCAGAAGUGAUCAAGAAGCUAAUAAACCUUCUGAAAAGGUACUGAGACGAUUGGCACAAAAUCGUGAAGCUGCCCGGAAAAGUCGUUUGCGGAAAAAGGCCUAUGUACAACAACUAGAAUCAAGCCGUUUGAAAUUGGCACAGUUGGAGCAGGAACUGGAGAAAACUAGACACCAGGGUGUGUUCAUAGGUGCUGGAUCAGAUGGCAGUCACUUAGGGUUGUCUCAAAGUGUAAAUCCAGGGAUUGCUGCAUUUGAGAUGGAGUAUGGACACUGGGUUGAAGAGCAAAAUAGACAGAUCUGUGAACUCAGGAAUGCAAUGCAAGCUCAUAUAACUGACGUUGAACUCCGAAUUCUUGUAGAUUGUAGCUUGAACCAUUAUUAUAAUCUUUUCCGCAUGAAAGUUGAUGCUGCCAAGGCUGACGUCUUCUAUUUGAUUUCUGGUAUGUGGAGAACAUCAACGGAACGCUUUUUCCAAUGGAUCGGAGGAUUCCGCCCAUCAGAGCUUCUAAAUAUUUUGAUUUUACAGAUUCUCCUGGUACAACUUGAGCCCUUGACUGAACAGCAGGUGCAAUGUGUGAGUAACCUUCUUCAAUCUUCUCAGCAAGCUGAAGAUGCUCUUUCGCAAGGAAUAGAUAAACUCCAACAAACUCUGGCCCAGACCAUAGCAGCCGACCAAAUGAGUAUGGGGGGCUACCAGUCUCAGAUGGCUGAUGCAGUGGAGAAUUUGGAAGCUCUAGAGAGCUUUGUUAACCAGGCAGAUCAUCUUCGACAACAGACUAUGCAGCAAAUGUCCCGGAUCCUAACAACCCGCCAAGCAGCUCGAGCUUUGCUUGCAUUGGGAGAAUAUUUUCACCGUCUUCGUGCUCUGAGUUCACUUUGGGCAGCUCGUCCUCGUGAACCUGCCUAGUCUACAAGUGUAUGACCUGGAAAAGGAUCAUAUAUGUCUAGAAUGUAUUCUUUAUCAGAAGUUUCAGUGUCAGCUGAAAAAGAAGUAGAUGCCAGCAACUUUUGUUUCAUGACUACAAUAUGAUCUGUCUGUAUUUUCUUUCUCAUAGCAGCUGCCUCAAAUAUAUGAACAGGUGUAAAUAUGUAUGAAUUUUACUGCUGCGCACAUCAAGUAGAAAAUUAGGUAAUGAAGUUGAUGGGCAUGUGUAGUAUAUAUCAUUAAAAAGUUUGAUUUGAAUUGGAGACUUGUAAUAAUGUUUAUGAGGAUUGGUGGUACUGUAUAAAAAUGGUUUAGUUUAUGUAA